AUGCUGCUGACACAUCGAUUCUGUAUUCCCAUACCUUCUUCAUACAGGAGUCUGUUGGUUCUCUACUCCACGACGACUCCAAAAACUGAAAUUGAUAGUUGGUAUCCAAAUAACAGUGACCCUUCCCCAUACGAAAUAUUCGGUCUUAAUCACAACAGUAAGAUCAAUACCAUAGCUCUUCGUAAGAAAUAUCACAGAUUUGUCAAACUGUAUCAUCCUGAUCAUUCCAAUAACAUAAUAAUAAAGACUGCUAAUAAUAGGAUACUUUCAACUGAUGAGAAAUUAUCGAGAUUUAAAUUGAUCUCACAAUCAUACGAUAUUUUGUUAAAUCCAGCAAAAAGAUCCUUAUAUGAUUUGAAAAGGAAUUCUACAACGACCACACAGCAUCAUGGUUAUCAUUCAAAUGAAGCAUAUCAAUAUUGGAAUGCAGGCACUUGGGAAGAUUAUCACAAAUAUCGCAAUCGGCCAGAUCCGGUUGAAAUGAAUUGGUCCUUAUUUUACUGGGUUCUGGCUCUGCUGGUCGUAAUAGAAGGCAGUGUCAUCUUAACAAGGGUAGAAAAUUCUUUGCUAGUGGAUUCUAAACAUGUAGAGACAAAGAGUCAAGUGCUAGAUAGUUACGAGAAUUUUGGACUUGAUAACGAUAAAAUUUCUAGAAUUAAGAGAUUUUUAUGGUUUAGAUCUUUCGGUUUGUACAACGAUAAGGAUAAAUUAGAUCAAGAGGCUAAAAAUAAUGAAGUAUUGCUGGAUGAUAUGCAUAAGAGACGCCAAAAGCUAUUGAAUUCAUUAUCAACAAAGAAUGAUAAGAAUGACUAA